GUCAGCCUCUAAAUCAGCUACACUGUAACGGCGAGAGGCUUAUUGUAGUCCGUGAGCGUUGUUUUCGAAAUAUAUUCCUACUCCUGCUACGGCCAUGGAGUCUAGCGAUGCAGGGCGAGGGGGAUGGAAGUCCAAGCCUGCCCAGCCACAGAAAAACAAGAUGAACAUGAAUAUUCUCCGUCAAGAGAAGCUCAUAGCUCAGAAGAAGAAAGAGAUUGAGGCCAGAAUGGCAGAACAAGCAAAAGUUAAUGUGCAAACCACUAGCAAGCCCUUGCCCCCAAGUAGUUCUCCCAGUCUACAAGGAGCCUCUUCUAACAAGUUUGCAAAUGAUGGAAGUUUCUUACAACAGUUCAUGAAGAUGCAGAAGGAGAAAUCCACCAAUGUGCCAGGUUCCACCAGUGAUACCAAAACUCCUUCAACCUUAAAUUCAUUGCCAGGAGGAAACACACUUCACAAGAAGAGCAUUCUUGUUGGAAAGCGGCCUGGCCUUGGAGUCAGUAGCAUGCUUAGUCAGUUCAAGAGCUACUCACAGUCCAAGAAGAAUCCCGUUCUCAGCCAGAGGCCGAGUGUGUUUUGUUCUCCAGAUGGUGAAGAUGAGGAAGAAGAUGCUGAUUACUCCAGAUUCUUAGAGAUGAAAGUCUCUCCCCCAGAGGAUUCAGACACCAGACUCAUUAUCGACAAGAUGGCCUCUUUUGUGGCAGAGGGGGGACCUGAACUGGAGAGAAAGGCCAGGGAAGACUACAAGGACAAUCCUGUUUUCUUAUUUUUAUAUGAUAAGAGCAGUAUGGAUUAUCUCUACUACAAAAAAAGAGUUGCAGAAAUGAGAAAGGAUUUUCUAAGACCUGAGAAUACAUCAGAUAUUGUCUCCCCCCCAGUGGACGCGGAAACCCAGCAGGUGGCUGAGAAGCUGGCCAGGUUUGUGGCGGAGGGUGGCCCUGAGGUGGAAGCCAUCGCUGCUGAACGCAACAGAGACAACCCUGCCUUCAGUUUCUUGUAUGAUCACCAAAGUCCAGCCCAUCGCUUCUACAAAGAGAAAGUACAGGAGUAUCGUGCUGCAGCCUCCCAGAGCUCUUCACCUCCUGCAGAAGAGUCGAGGGCAGAUGUUCAGCGACCAAAUGCUCUGCCAUUACCAAGAAUCCCCCUACCUCUGAACCCAGCAUCUCUACCACCAGUUCAGGAGUCAGACACUCCGCCCGUCAAACGGAAGAGGAAGAGCAGAUGGGGUUCUGAAGAAGACAAAGUCGAGUUGCCCAUUCCUCCAGUCAUUGUUCCUCAGGAGAUUAAUGUUCCAGACCCUAACACACCUUCUCUCUCUGCCCAGGAGCUGAGAGGUCUUGGUUAUAAGAAGGGGAAGCCUCUUGGUCUGGUUGGAGUGACAGAACUAUCUGAGGACCAGAAGAGACAAAUCAAAGAACAACAAGAGAUGCAAGAGAUGUAUGACAUGAUCAUGAAGCACAAGCGUGCAAUGGCAGAGAUGCAGGUAAUGUGGGAAAAGGCCAUGAGAGAUCAUCAACAUGAAUAUGACAGUGAUGAAGAAGUGGACCAGCAGGCAGGCACCUGGGAGCAUCGUCUCCGAAAGAUGGAAAUGGAGAAGACACGUGAGUGGGCAGAAUCUUUGACAGAAAUGGGUAAAGGGAAACACUUUAUUGGAGAUUUCCUGCCUCCUGAGGAGCUGGAGAAGUUCAUGGAGACCUUCAAGGCGCUCAAGGAGGGCCGGGACCCAGACUACUCAGAAUACAAAGAAUUUAAGUUGACGGUGGAGAACCUUGGCUUCCGAAUGCUCAUGAAGAUGGGCUGGAAGGAAGGUGAAGGCCUUGGCAGUGAAGGACAGGGAAUCAAGGCUCCCGUCAACAAGGGAACUACAGCUAUGAAUGGAGCAGGUUUAGGAGUGGACCGUCCAGCUGAACUCAUAAAAAGUGAUGAUGAAUACGAUGCUUUUAGAAAGAGGAUGAUGCUUGCUUACCGCUUCAGGCCCAACCCUCUGAAUAAUCCACGGAGACCAUAUUACUGAUGUAGAGGACUGAACACUUGGUCUUGUUUACCAUAACUUAAAAGCUGGUCUCUCCAGUUGCCACAGCUCUGCUUAGUUGUGAAAUGGACACCAUUGCACAGUAGAAUUUUUGAAAUUUGAAAUGUGUGUGUGCGGGAGGGUAAUGAAGUUUGAGAAACAUUGGUAAAUCCAUUACAUUUGACUGUUUUCUUUAAAUAUCUGAUCACCUGUUUUGUUACAACUUCAAUUUAAUACUGUAACAACUUUAAAUAUGUAAAGACUUGCAUCACCUGACUUCCAUGGUAAUAUCAUUUUUGUAUAAGCAUUUUGUUCCCUUUCAUUGCUUGACUUGAUUUUGCAUUCCAACUAAAUAACACAGUUCUGUAUUAGUACAUGACCUUAUGUAUUACUGCAUUCAGUAUUUUUCCUCACUAUGCUCUAACGUAACUUUUGCUUCCUUUCAAUUUAUGCUUCAGUGUUCACAAUUAAAAAUGGCCAGUUACUGAAA